GCUUUCCUCUUGAUCUAUUUAUAUCUUCCCAGUGGUAUAAUUCCAGUUUGAGGUCUCGUCCCUGUCAACUCCUCGUCUCUCCAUCGCAACACCACGCGAAGUCACCACUGCAGCCCUUCAGAAGGCCUUACCUCGAUCAAAAUGCGCAUCACCAGCCUUCUUUCCGUCACCUCCGCUGGGCUGGGUACGGCACUGGCCACGCCUCGAAAUCUCCGAGUCCGCGACGUCUCAGUGCUAGGGACUGGAUGCCCAUACGGCUCCGCAGACGUCAAGGUCGACCCGAGUAACACCGCCCUCGACAUCAGGCUCUCGGAAUAUGUCGUGAGAUCUGGCCCAAACACCAUGGCGGCGGACUGGCGCAAGAAUUGCAAACUCACGCUGAACCUCGAAUAUGAUGCGGGCUUUCAAUUCUCGACGCUGAGUACCUCGGUAAAAGGCUUCGCAUACAUCCCAUCGGGUGCUCAGGGUCAGUGCCAGAAUACGGUCGAUUUCACUGGCUCCUCCAGCCAGGCCAACUACGGCAUCACACUGAAAGGGAGCUACGACGGGCCCUUUUCGCUGUCGGCCAACCCGGAUAUUGUGACGUGGUCCCCGUGCGGCGGGUCAACAGCCAUCCUGAACGUGAACACGCAAUGCUGGAUCUCGCCGACGGAGAAGAAGGCAAUCAUUGAUGUCGAUCGCAUUAGCAGCAAACUCACGGUCCGUGUUGAUCUUCAAUGGAGGAACUGCUGAAGCAGACACGACCUCGUUCUGGGGCGUGUCAGGCAUCAUUAUAGGAAACGUCCAUGUCCCGGAGCCAGUCAACAGGCACAAAAAACUGUCUCAACAGAAGUCUUCGCUUUUCCAAUCGCUAGCAUUGUACUGGACUUCAACUGUAGUCCCCACAGGUAGCAUUAGACUCUCCCGCCAUUCAACUCACUUUGAUCAAGGUUACACAUACACUAUCAUGUAACAGUGCCACAACCCGCUCCCUUCAAGACUC